AUGGAAAGUGGCGCCGCCGCUGACGCCGCCGCCAACAAUGACAGAACCGGACAACAAUGGACAACACUGGGACACGGACUGGGACGUGGAUGCGAAUUGGGGGCGGCGGAACAGCAGCUGAGGCACAACGACAGCCACACAACGACGACAAUUCGUGACAGCGGGCAGCAGCAGCAUCAGCAGCAGCAGCAGCGGGAAGGAGAAAGAGAAACACACAGGACGGCGACGAGGACAAGGACGACACUGAGCUGCCCCUCCGAACAGCAAACACCAACGGCGACGGCCAUGUUACAGCGCCGCAGCAGCCGGCUGCACGAACGCCACCAGCAAAUAAAAAAUGAGCUGCAACAAUUGCAGCAGCAGCAGCGACGGCGACGGCAGCAGCAACAGAAGCAACAAAAACAACGACUCAACAAAUAUCGCUUUGUGCGCAGUCCGACCGCAGCCGCAGCCGCAGCAGCAGCUUCAGCAGCAACAACAACAACAACGGCGGCAGCUUUGGCGGCUAGGGUUGCCAGACAGUACAAAUUAAGCUUGCUGAGCAAAAGGCAAACGCGCAAAAGCAGCGUCAAUUCCAGCGCCAGCAACAACAGCAACGAACUGGAAGGCGGCUGCGCAGCCAGCAUCGGCAGCAGCCACAGCGACACAGUCACAGCCGCCGCGUCCCACAUGCUGCACAGUCGCUAUAAGCUGGUGCGACGGCGCAGCGCUGCCGACUGA